AUGCCUGAGCCAGCAAAAGCACCGAAGAAGGGAUCCAAGAAAGCCGUCUCUAAGGCUACGAAGAGCGGCAAGAAGAGGAGGAGAACCAGGAAAGAGAGCUAUGCCAUCUACGUGUACAAGGUCCUGAAGCAGGUUCAUCCUGACACCGGAAUCUCAUCCAAGGCGAUGGGCAUCAUGAACUCCUUUGUGAGCGACAUCUUCGAGCGUAUCGCCGGAGAGGCUUCUCGUCUGGCGCAUUACAACAAGCGCUCCACCAUCACUUCUCGGGAGAUCCAGACCGCCGUCCGCCUGCUGCUGCCCGGUGAAUUGGCUAAGCACGCUGUGUCUGAGGGCACCAAGGCUGUGACCAAGUACACUAGCUCCAAGUAA